AUGGCAGAGAUCUUCGGAUGCGUGUUGGAGAUUCCCGACCUGGUCACAGGGAUUACCUUCGUUGCUUUAGGAACGUCAAUGCCCGACCUCUUCGCUUCUCGGCAUGCUGCGGUGGAGGACCCAACCGCCGAUGCGGCGAUCAUCAAUGUCACAGGCAGCAAUUCGGUGAACGUGUUCCUGGGCCUGGGCCUGCCUUGGACGGUAGCAGCAGUGGUGUGGGCCGUCCGCGGGCAGACGGCAAAAUGGCUGGCGUUGUAUCCAGAUAUCGCUGCGGGGAGGGAUACAGCAGGACUCGUCAUCCGCGGUGCGGAAGAGCUUGUCUUCAGCGUCAUCGUUUUCGCUUCUAUGGCCGGGUUAGCCGUUUUCGUGAUGAUGGUACGCCGCAGGAACGUUGGUGGUGAGUUGGGCGGGCCCAUGGUCAGCAAGGUUCUUGGUGGUCUUUGCUUGCUCGUCUUUUGGUUCUCUUACAUUGGUUUGGUCAGCUGGUACUCCAUCACGGGAAAGAACAGCACCACAGCGGAGCUCGUGCCCCCGAUCUGUGGGGUUGCUGGUCUUUGCAUCCUCUGCACCAUCGUGACUACCGCCGUGACAGUCACCACUAGGGGGCUGCCAGAUGAUGCUGAAGACGCAGAUGACGGAGGCUUCAUCGAAGAAAUCAGGAGCUCUAGCAAGAUGGAAGGAGCGCGCCCUGGCGCGGAAGCGGCCAAGGCUACAAACGAUGCAGAUGUUGCGGCUGGCCCCAUGCUCGCAAAGUCGGGCAUGACCGUGGAAGGUCCUCCACCAACGGUGGAGCAUCCGACACUGGUCUCGGAGAAUUCUGUUGAGUUCGAGGCCAAGGAUAUUGCUGCAGAGGCUCUGCAGGCCGUGCGGCUUCACCCUGCUCCGCCUCACCCGCAACUACCUCGUGCGCCACCACAGCCAGAAUCACCGAUGGAGCCGAAGAACGUCGCAAUGAGCUUGGAGUCGCCUGGCCCUAUUUGGCGGCCUGCCCAAGAAGAGGAGGCACCGACGCCAGGCUGCCCAGUUGUCAGCAGCUUUUUGCCUGCUGGAUGUCGAGCUGCGUGCUGCUCUUUGGCGCUUACGGAGGACCAGCCAAGGUCUUCUCGAGAAUCUCGACGGCCUUCCAGCGAAGUGGGCCCUUGA